AUGCUGAACUCGCUCCAGCUGACAAUAUCCGUCUUUCUAAUAUCACAGUGCUUCGGAGCUGCGUAUUCGCCCUGCAAGAAGCACUUUGCCGCCAACCUCUCGAAAUUGAGCGGCGAGGGCUCGUCGCAAAUCCUGCGCACCGAUGCCAACGGGAAGAGCUGUCGGAUGGAGGUCACGAAUGUGCCGUACUGUAUGGGGAUGUGUAAGACCGGAGAGUACGGUACCUACACGACCACGUUUCGGCAGCAGAACAGCUCGAUGUGCGGGUAUAUCAACCCUAAGUUCGAGGAGGUGACGAUGACCGACUGUGAUGAAGGAGCUGAUCCGGAGAUAAGGAUCGUCAAGGUGCUGGACCAGGAUACGGAAUGCGGUUGCGUCGCGGUCCCGCCGAAAGAUCAA